AGUGCAUACUCCUGCCAGAAUUUCGCUCGUAGUGGACUAUGACCAUCGCUUAAUCCAAGAAUCUUAUAAAUCCUUCCCGUGCGGUCUUUUAUUUUAUUUCAUUUUUCUUCUUAGUUUUUUAUUCCGAUUUUUCUAUCAUGCAUAAAAAAUAUGCGAAUUCCCGACUCUAAUGGCAGUUGCCAUUGAAAAACAAUUAUAAAAAAAAAAAAGAAAAAAAGAAAAAUGAAAACAAAAACAACAACAGCGUCAAACUAACUGAAACACAAAGUUGCCAAAUAACGCACCAAACUAACCAGACAACACAGAGAGUUUCAGAUCUGAGAAAAAAAUUUUCAGAUCCGAAAAGGUCAACUGAAAGUUAUUUCUCUUUUUCCGGUUUGGUUUCCCAGAAAAUGGACGACUUCAUAGACAACUUGCCACCCAUGGAUCUGUUGCGCUCUGAGAAGAUGACCUUCGUGCAGCUCAUUAUUCCCGUCGAAUCCGCUCACCGCGCCAUCUCUUACCUCGGUGAACUCGGUCUCUUCCAAUUUCGAGACUUGAAUGCUGAUAAAAGCCCUUUCCAACGGACUUUUGUUAAUCAGGUAAAGCGAUGUGCAGAGAUGUCAAGAAAGCUACGAUUUUUCAAAGAUCAAAUCAGGAGAACUAGUCUUAUUUCUUCCAUGCAUCCUGUUCUGCAACCUGACAUUGAGUUGGAGGAACUUGAGAUUCAACUUGCUGAGCAUGAACAUGAGCUAAUUGAAAUGAACUCUAAUAGCGAGAAACUUCGACAGUCAUACAAUGAACUCUUGGAGUUCAAGAUGGUACUCCAAAAGGCAGGUGGCUUUCUUGUAUCAAGUAAUAACCAUGCAGUUUCAGAGGACAGGGAAUUAGAUGAGAAUGUCUACUCAAAUGAUGGCUAUGUUGAGACGGCAUCAUUGCUGGAACAGGAGAUGAGACCUGGACGUCCAGACCAAUCUGGCUUGAGAUUUAUUAGUGGUAUUAUUUGUAAUUCCAAAGUUCUUAGAUUUGAGAGGAUGCUGUUUCGUGCUACAAGGGGCAACAUGCUUUUCAACCAAGCACCUGCUGAUGAACAGAUUAUGGAUCCUUUAUCUACUGAAAUGGUAGAGAAAACAGUAUUUGUAGUGUUUUUCUCUGGGGAGCAGGCAAAAACAAAGAUUCUGAAAAUUUGUGAAGCAUUUGGUGCAAAUUGCUAUCCUGUGCCCGAGGAUAUAACUAAACAGAGGCAAUUAACGAGAGAAGUUUCGUCACGCCUUGCUGAACUGGAAGCAACUUUAGAUGCAGGGAUGCGACAUCGAAAUAAGGCCCUUUCUUCUGUAGGUUUCCACCUAGCAAAAUGGAUGAGCAUGGUUAGAAGGGAGAAAGCUGUGUACGAUACAUUAAAUAUGCUAAAUUUUGAUGUGACCAAAAAAUGUCUUGUUGGAGAGGGAUGGUGCCCAAUUUUCGCAAAAACUCAGAUUCAGGAGGCACUGCAACGUGCAACAUUUGAUAGCAAUUCACAAGUUGGGAUAAUAUUUCAUCUGAUGGAUGCGGUAGAAUCACCUCCCACAUAUUUUAGAACCAACCGUUUCACAAGCGCUUAUCAAGAAAUUGUUGAUGCAUAUGGUGUUGCAAGAUAUCAAGAAGCAAAUCCUGCAGUGUACACUGUGAUUACAUUUCCAUUUCUUUUCGCGGUGAUGUUUGGGGACUGGGGUCAUGGAAUAUGCUUGUUGCUGGGAGCAUUAGUUCUUAUAGCUCGUGAAAGUAAGCUCAGUGGACAGAAACUUGGAAGCUUUAUGGAGAUGCUGUUUGGUGGUCGCUAUGUACUUCUUUUGAUGUCACUGUUUUCAAUUUAUUGCGGCUUGAUUUACAAUGAAUUUUUCUCGGUUCCUUAUCAUAUAUUUGGUGAAUCUGCUUACAAAUGCAGAGAUUCUACUUGCCAUGAUGCACACACUACUGGCUUAGUCAAAUACCAAGAUACAUACCCAUUUGGUGUGGACCCUAGUUGGCGUGGAAGCCGUUCAGAACUUCCAUUUUUGAACUCUCUCAAAAUGAAGAUGUCUAUUUUGUUGGGUGUUGUCCAAAUGAACUUGGGAAUCAUUUUAAGUUACUUCAAUUCACAUUUUUUUGGCAGCUCAAUUGAUAUAAGGUAUCAGUUUGUGCCACAGAUGAUCUUUCUUAACAGUCUUUUUGGGUAUCUUGCACUUCUUAUUGUCAUCAAGUGGUGCACUGGAUCUCAGGCAGACCUCUACCAUGUUAUGAUUUACAUGUUUCUAAGUCCCACUGAGGAUCUUGGUGAAAAUCAGUUGUUCUGGGGACAAAGACCUCUUCAGAUCUUGUUGUUGCUUUUGGCUUUAGUUGCAGUUCCCUGGAUGCUUUUUCCAAAACCUUUUAUUUUGAAGAAGCUUCAUUUGGAGAGGUUUCAAGGUCGCACCUAUGGGAUGCUUGGCACCUCAGAGAUGGAUCUCGAGGUGGAACCUGAUUCUGCAAGACAACAUCAUGAGGAGUUCAAUUUUAGUGAGGUAUUUGUGCACCAAAUGAUACAUUCCAUAGAGUUUGUACUGGGUGCAGUUUCAAAUACGGCAUCAUAUCUUCGACUUUGGGCUUUAAGUUUGGCCCACUCAGAACUCUCAACUGUAUUUUAUGAGAAAGUCCUACUCCUUGCCUGGGGGUAUGACAAUUUAGUAAUCCGGUUAGUUGGAUUAGCAGUAUUUUCCUUUGCAACUGCCUUCAUACUGCUCAUGAUGGAGACACUCAGUGCUUUUCUUCAUGCCUUGCGUCUUCAUUGGGUGGAAUUUCAAAAUAAGUUCUACCAUGGUGAUGGCUACAAGUUCAGACCUUUCUCCUUUGCCUCCUUGAAUGAGGAUGAGGAUUAAUCUAUGCAUACAUCAUUUCCCUUGUUUCAAGGGAAGAUAGCAUAUAUAAUGGCUUGAACUGAGAUGGAAAUCAAACCCCAUUUUGGCUGGCAGAGAGGACUUUUAAUCUGCAUUAACAUAAUGAUGCUCAACUUUUGACUUACAGUUGCAAAUGUAAAAUCCUAGGUCAUUCUUUUUGGUUAUGGUGGCAUGAAAGGGUUCUGGGCGUAUUUUCUUCUUCUUCAUUUUUUUUUUCUUUUUUUUUAUAGAAUUUGGAGAAAAAGAGAGGUGGGGGAUUGGGGAUGGGAGGGUGUUUGUUUUAGAUUCGCUUGUAGAGAGCUGGGGAAUCAGCAUCACCAUAUAGCUUUUCCUAAUUUUCAGUUCAUCGGAAGGUAAAUUUUAUAGUCUUAUACGUACACACAACACACUCAGCAGUGUGGAUUUUGUAGGGAUUGGUCGUGAAAUUCUUUUUUCUAUAAAUUUCAGUGUAAUACUUUUAGCACGAUUUUAUGUAGUUCCAUUCUUUUUAAGGACUCAUUUUAAAGAAUUCAAACUUUGAGUAAACAAUGUUCAUCUCCUUAAAACAGUACUUGUCACGAUAUUUUCAUUUGAAUGAAGGGAAAAGUGCAAAUUGUUCUUUA